CGCUUUUACCGUGUGUUUGGUCGCGCUGUGUUCUUUUAGACUGACUGUGUUGAACCCUUCACUGUAGCCUUGCAGUGCUGAGCCCUGCGGUGUGUGUGCGCGCUUAGUGUGUGGUGUGGUUUUCUUCGUACUUGCCGUGAGUGUACCGCCUUUGUUCAGCUCGGCGUGCGCGCUUAUAAGGAUGCCACCCUCAGGCGUUUUAUCAAAUGCGCGCUUGUUGUCGGUCCUGACUUGGGCCGAAAUUGAUGACCUCCUGUUGUCCCAUAAAGAGCGGCGGCUGCUAAGACAUGAGUAUACCUUGGAUGAGCUUGAAGACGAAAUGAGGCGAAGCAGGGAGGCCGAAUUGGUGAGGUACCGUUCUCAACAUGGACUUCUUGACAUCGACGGCAUGGACUCUUCAACGUUCAAACUCAUGUUCCGGUUCCACAAAAAUGACUUUGACGAUCUCUGUAGUGCCCUGCUAGUGCCGCAAGAGAUCACAACUGCACAAAACGUGAGGUUGUGUGGCCGAGAGGCUCUGUGCGUGUUGCUGCGGAGGCUGGCGUAUCCCAACAGGUGGUGUGACUUGGAGGGGAUUUUUGGGCGGCACUCCUCUGUCAUGUCAAGUGCUACGUCGCGACUCAUAAGCCAUAUCCUGAGCACCUUCGGACACCUGCUGACAGACGUGAACAACCACGAGUGGAUGUCGCUUGCUUCACUGAAGGAAUUCGCCGGCGCUGUUGAAGACAAGGGCUCUCCCCUGCCCAAUUGCUGGGCCUUCAUCGAUGGGACAGCCCGUCCUAUUUGCCGGCCAAAAAGAAAUCAGAAGCUGUACUUCUCUGGCCACAAGAGGAUGCACAUGGUAAAAUACCAAUCGCUGAUGUGCCCCAAUGGCAUUGUGUGCCAGCUUGAUGGACACUAUCCAGGGAGCUGGCAUGAUGCAAGAAUAUUCCGAGAAAGCGGAGUGUACAGCAAGCUGGAGAAGCUCACCAGAAAUGAAGAAUUCGUGGUGUACGGCGACCCUGCGUACCCACUCCGCCCACUUCUAAUGAAGCCAUAUGGUGGCGCGUGUUUGUCACCUGCCCAGCAGGCGUUCAACUGUGGCAUGAGCGCUGUUCGUCAGGCUGUGGAAUGGGGAUUUGGCAAAGUCGUCGCCGAAUUUGCAUUCUUGGACUUCAAAAAAAAAAACCAGAAGCUUCUGUGGCAGCAAGUGGCUGCAAUGUAUAAAGUUGCCACAAUAUUGUCUAACUGUCACACAACCAUUUAUGGCAGUCAAGUCUCCAGCUAUUUCAGCCUCCAACCGCCGAAGCUGCAUGAAUAUUUGAAGCCAAGGUUUGCUUAAAUAUCUGUCGUGUUUUUUAUGAGUGGUAUCCUCAGGCAUGCCUUACACUAGAUGACGUUGAAUAACACAUCUCGACGUAGUUGUUUGCAUGUCACCAAGAAAAAGCGGCAAAUCGACGCACAA